AUGGCGGGUCUUGGGAAGACAGCUUUGGCUCAGCAAGUCUUCAAUGAUGCCAGAGUGACCAGCUACUUCGAUGCAAAAGCAUGGACUUGUGUUUCUGAUGAUUUCGACAUGCUUGCUAUUACAAAGAGUAUCCUACAAAAAAUCGACUGCACUUUGUCUUGUGAAGAUAAGGACCUAGAUUGGCUUCAGGAUAAGCUCAAACAAAACCUUUUGGGGAAGAAGUUUCUUGUCGUUUUGGACGAUGUUUGGAACAAGAAUUAUGGAAACUGGACUAUCCUCUUGAAGCCUUUUCAAUCGGGAGCAAAGGGAAGCAAAAUCAUCGUCACGACUCGUAAUUCCCAUGUGGCUGAAGUAGCCGGUGCUCAACCUUAUACUCUCAAAGAGUUGUCACAAGAAGCAUGCGUGACUUUGUUUGCAUUUCAUGCUCUUGGAGUCAGAAAUUUUGAUCAUCAUCCUUAUCUUGAAGCAUUAGGUCUCAAAAUAGUGGAAAAAUGCAAAGGGUUGCCAUUAGCUGUGAAGACAUUGGCUGGGCUGCUACGCACUAAAGUUGGUCCCCCUGAAUGGCAAGCUAUAUUGAACAGCAAGAUUUGGGAUCUAUCGGAAGAAGGAAAUGACAUCCUUCCGACUUUGAAACUUAGCUACCUCCAUCUCCCUUCCAAUCUAAGGAGAUGUUUUGCUUACUGUGCUAUAUUUCCCAAGGACUAUGAGAUCCAACGAGACGAGUUGAUUCAUUGGUGGAUUGCAGAGGGCUUGGUGGAUAGAAAAAAAGCAAAGAGUCAAUGGAAUACAGGUUUGAAUUAUUUCAAUGAGCUAGUAAGCAGGUCAUUAUUUCAAAAGUCAAGUAGCAAUGGAUCACAAUUCUUAAUGCAUGAUCUUGUGAAUGACCUGGCAAAGCUAGUUGCAGGUGCAUCCCAUUGGAGCUCAAGGGAAUUUGAGUUUGUGGAUGAUCACAAUAAUGCAUCUUUAGCUCGUCAUGCCUCGUUCCUUCCAAGCAAGAAUAUUAUUCCAGAAAGACUAGAGAUAUAUCAUCGAAUGGGGGGACUUAGGAGCUUCAUAUCGUUAAAGAAGCAAUAUCAGUCUUCCUAUGUGACCCAGAAAGUGCUAGAUGACUUGUUGUCGGGAUUGAAGUACUUAAGGGUGGUUUCAUUGAGUUGCUAUAAGAUCAGUGAGGUACCGGAAUGCAUUGGCAAACUAAGGCACCUAAGGCACCUUAAUUUAUCACAUACUCAUAUUGAAACCCUUCCAAAGUCGGUUGUUGCAUUGCACAAUCUAGAAGCUUUGAUAUUGCAAGGCUGUCACAUGCUUAUCAAAUUACCUGAAGGUAUGGAAAAACUGAUCAAUCUAAGAUUUCUUGACAUUAUUGAUACUCCACAUCUAAGAGCUAUGCCACUAAAUAUAGGUAAUUUGUUGGGUCUUGAGAUCUUGUCCAAGUUUAUAAUUGGAAUGGAAAAUGGGUCAAGGUUGAAUGAGUUAAAAAACCUAAAGAACCUUCAAGAGGAAUUGUGCAUCUUUGAUUUGCAUGAGGUUCAAGAAGCUAGAGAAGCCAUAGAUGCCAAUUUACUCAUGAAGGAGGGAAUAUGCCGGUUGAACAUGCAAUGGUGCACAAAUUUUGAAAAUUUCCGAAAUGAAGAGCUUGAAACAAAGGUCCUUGACUUUCUUUGCCCUCACCAAAACCUUGCACAUCUUGAAAUAUCCUAUUAUGGUGGCCUAAAAUUCCCAUCUUGGUUAGGUAGUCCUACACAUGUUAACAUAAUGUGUUUACAUUUACAUGGGUGUCAGAGGGUCAAAGCAUUACCAUCGCUCGGGCAGCUAUCUUUGCUGAAAGAAUUGUACAUCGAAGGUUUAAAUGCAAUAUGCAAGGUAGGGUCUGAAUUUUAUGGAAGUGGAAGUCCUUUUUCAUCCUUGUUAACUUUGGAAUUCAAGGACAUGCCAUUGUGGGAGUACUGGUCUCAUUGCAUCGGCACUAAAGAAGUUGGAGUUGUAUUCCCUCGCCUUGAGCAUCUUGUCAUUCAGGAUUGCCCUAUGCUGAUCGGAAGAUUGCCUAGUCAACUAAGCUCCCUUGUACAACUCACAAUUAACUCAUGUCCACGUAUGGAAGCCUCGCCAUCUUUCAAUAGCCUUUCAUCUCUCAGUGAAUUAAAAUUCAAAAGUUGUAAUGAGAGGGUGCUGCAUAGUUUGGUAAACCUGGCAUCUCUUACUGCUCUAAACAUAAAUGAUGUUGCUGAACUCACUUGCUUAAAUCAUGGGUUUACAAGCUCCUUGAUCAAGCUAGAGAAGUUGGAGAUCAAAAAGUGUGCAAAGUUAAUAUAUCUGUGGCAAGACGGAGAUGUAAUUCAGAAUCUCAAUUGUCUAAAGAGAUUAGUCGUACGUAGUUGUCCGGAAUUCAUAUAUUUUGUGGCUGAAGAAGGAGAUAUAAAGCUACCUAGCAACCUCGAGACUAUCGAAUUGAUAGAUUGUGUCAAUUUAGAGAAGCUUCCGAGCAAGAUGCACACCCUCUCUUCUCUUAAAGACUUGAUGGUCCAUUACUGUCCAAAACUCGUGUCCUUCCUCGAAAUAGGUAUACCGGCAUCUCUUAUAUCAUUAAAUAUCAAGAACUGCCAAAUGUUGCAAUCUUUACCCAGAGGAUUAAGUGAUCAUCUAGAUGAACCAAGUAGCAACAGUAGCAAUACCCACAUUGACAUUAUAUCUUGUCUACAAGACUUAAGAAUCUCCAGAUGCAAGUCUUUGCCAUCCUCUCCAUUCAGCAAGGGUAUAUUUUUACCCACGACCCUCAAGAGACUUCAAAUUGGUGACUGCAGGGGAGUGGAGUCGCUUGCGGAGAUAAAUCUAGAACCUCUUCAAUCUAUUCAAGAGAUUGAAAUUUGGUGUUUAGAGAAUUUGAGAAGCUUACCCCAGGGUCUACACAAGCUGUCUCGGCUCACUUCCUUGUAUUUGUGGAAUUGUCCUGCACUAGAGCUGGAGUGCUUUCCCCCUCUUCCUCCCAGCAUCUCGACUUUUAGGCUUCAUGAGUGUCCGAAGAUAAAAUCGCUACCUAAUCAGUUGCGUCGACUCACGAGUCUUCAAUUUCUAUCAAUUUGGAAGUGUGAGAGAUUGACGCGCUUCCCUGAGGGAGGAUUGCCGCCCCAGCUAGAGAGACUUUGGGUAAGUAGAUGCGAGAAUAUGAAGCAGCCGGUGAGGGAGUGGCUUACCCCCCUCACCUCCCUUCAAAAUUUGUCAAUCGAUAGUGAUGUGGGAGGAGUGGGAGAGGAGGAGGAUCAUGUGCUUCCGCUCCCUUCCUCUCUACUCCAUCUCGAUAUCUAUGACAUGAAGAACAUGGAAAGACUGUCCAGCAGUCUCCCUCCCUCUCUCAAGUCGUUAUGGAUCUACGAUUGUCCGAAGCUGAGGGAGUUGCCCCAGGAUGGCCUCCCUCCCUCCCUAGAAGACCUCUGGAUCCACAAUUGCCCGAUUCUGGAGGAGCGAUGCAGGAAAGGGACCGGCUGCUAUUGGCCCCUCAUCCGCGAAAUCCCAAAAGUCACAUUGGGUCAUGACGAGUCCAAGUCAAUUACUUGA